AUGCAGUCACAGCAUUACUACUACAAUGUGGUUAGGUUGAACAACCAACACACCACGGUGGAGCCUGGUGAUACUUUCAAUUUCGACAUCAAAGUUAUAUAUCACACAGUCCACACAAUUCCACAAGGAUUACGGAAUCGAUUUUCUCCAUUAUCAAUAUCUUGUCGUGAAUUCGUCCAAGAAGGGCAAAAUUUCUUAGGGUCACUGUUGUCGGGCUUAAGUUUCUCCAUUGAGUCGAUUGCUGAAAUAUCAGAAAGCGUUGUUUCUACAGUUCAAGAAUUGUUUGAAGAUAGUAGCAUUGUUUCGGAAUCUCAGCACCGAAUCAUCCCCUUAAGUUUGACAAUUAUAAUAGUGGAUCCUGCUGGAAUCGAUGGAGUUAUGGAAGAAUCGAGGACGUUUCCCGGAAUGAACCACUCCAAUGAGACCAUAUUAAAGACAUUCUUGAAGAAACGUACGGAUACGGAAGGGAGUGAAGAAUGUUGUAUCUGCUUAGAAGGGUUGAAUAUCAACUGCAAGAGCUGCACAAUGCCAUGCCAUCAUGCGUUUCAUCAACAGUGUAUUCUCAAAUGGCUCAAAACUAAACGUGUGUGUCCCUUGUGUCGUUAUCCUUUGCCAACUCCAGAAAAUUAG